GAUAUUUUGUUUCUAAUUUCAGGCGGAAGCUACUGCAAUGCAACCUGGGAUAGGAUGCAGUGUUGGGAUUACACAAAAGCAGGCGAAACUGUUUUCCAACUGUGUCCUGCAUACAUCACAUUAUCAAAUCCAUUAGCAUAUUCCAAGAAAACGUGCAAUAGUGAUGGAACAUGGUUUCGACAUCCAGAUACCGGUAGGGUCUGGACUAACUAUACCAUGUGUUAUGACCAUAGUCUUGUAGAAAAUCACAAACGAGUGCUUUACAUGUAUUACUAUGGAUUCAGCAUCUCUAUCGUUCUCCUUAUAAUAUCAUUGAUUAUAUUCUCAUUAUUUAGACAAUUAAAAUGUACUCGCGUGACGCUACACAAACAUCUUUUUUCAUCAUACAUUAUUACCGGAGGUCUUUGGAUUAUGUACUAUGCCAUGGUACCUAUGAAUUCCGACGUAUUGUUACAUAAUCCGAUCUGGUGCCAGAUCCUACAUGUGUUGACGCACUAUUUCACGGUGUGUAAUUAUGCUUGGAUGUUCUGUGAGGGAUUCUAUCUUCAUGCCCUUAUUGUUAUAGCCUUCACCAAAGACAAGAGAUUGCUUGUUUUAUGUUACCUGAUCGGAUGGGUGUUUCCUAUACUCCCGACUGUAAUAUAUACGGUUAUUAGGGCUUUGGAUACUGAUGAUAACGUAAGGUGUUGGACAGGAGACUCAAGUUUACAUUGGAUAUUAGCUGGACCAAUUAAUGCUUCACUUAUUGUGAAUUUCAUCUUCUCCAUAAAUAUAAUGAGAAUACUUUUAUCCAAACUUCGAUCAGUGCACACCAAUGAGACAAUGCAAACAAGACGAGCAGUUAGAGCCACGUUGAUUCUUAUUCCACUGCUUGGGCUGCAGUAUAUAGCCUUCCCUUUCAAACCACCCCCAGGAUCAGAUGGAGAAUAUGUUUAUUCGAUGAUAUCGGCGUUUUUAGUGUCGUUCCAGGGUGUCUUUGUGUCUGUCAUGUUCUGCUUCUUUAAUGGCGAGGUGGUCAGAAAUUUCAAGAAAAAGUGGCACCGUUACAGGAUGACCAGAUCUAAAAAAUACCGAGACAGCAUGACAGGCUUUAAACAAAAUGGCGAAAGUCGUUCCAUGUUGCGGUCAAUGACUUCAGAUGCAGAUACAAAAAUGACGGUGCAUUCUGUCACAACAAAUAAUAAUACCGUUUGAAUGUCUUAUACAUCAAUGUAGAAGAUCUAUUUUGAGUAUCAUUGAUGAACAAAUUGAUAUUUCUGUUGAGGCAGGACAUCAAACAAAAUGGCUUUCUUACAGUUUUGUAAAAGACACAUGUUCUAAAGUAUGAUGCUAUUGCAAAGACAGACAGUACAUCUUGACGAUUGAACAAAGUGUCAAGACUUCUAAAAAUAAGCCAUUAUUUUCUUUUCACAUGAGUAGAGUUAAAAUGUGAUCAUGUUUGAGUGCCAAGACUGAUUUAUUUUCAGAGAUAGGAGAACAUUGAAUUUAGCGAUGUGACGUUAACACUCCGCGAAGAAAAAACAAACUUUGGAAGGAUUGCCUCUCAAGAAACCAUAUUUCUAUAAAACAAAAAAAAAUAUGCUCUACAAUAAUUGUGUUUUAUGUUUCUAAGUAAUGUUAUUACGAACACAAUGUUUUAUUCCUAGAUAAACAAUGAGCUGAUCAGCUAAAAUGACAGUAUAAUUGAUGGGCAAUUAGAUCGUGAAGACAACACCUUGUUGCUCUUGCACAUUUCUGUGCUUUUAAGCGAUAUAUAGUUACUUUAAUAGACAAUUUAAUAUUGCAUCGCUCAUGUAUUGGUUUGUUGUGUCGUUACCUAGGAACAAUCUGCUAGCGUUCUGUCCAGAUAUGUCAAAUAAAAACACGGAAACAAAAUGUGGAUAUGGUCUGUCAUACAGCGAUAGUUUUUCCGAAAUGCUUGGUGCAUUCCGUGACAGUCUGGUUUGAAUAAAAUGUCGUAUAUAUGGAGUCAAAUCUCAGCGGAUUUAUAGACCUAAUUGAAUAAAACCUGAAUGAUAAAUGUACUUACCAAUGUGAUAACCAUAAAACCACGUGGCAUAUGGAUGAACAAACUUUCUUUUAAAAAUUAACAACAUCAAAGAAAAAUAUAACAGUGAUUGCCCAAUAUGGGGAGCAUUCGGGUUCACUUUUGAUUCACAAAAAGCUUUUAAUUUCAUUUUGUUUUUCGAUCAUAAUUUCUAUGUUUUUUAAUUUUUUGGUUCAUUUGCUCAACAUAUAAUCAAGAAUUGUUUUAUUUUAUAUUCAUUUGUUUCGUAAGCCGAACAAUCAAAUGCAUUUUAAUAUGUCUACAUUUUUCGGACUAAUUUCUAAACUGUCUUGAAUUGAAAUGUAUACUGAAUAAAUUUGCUCAUUUUUAUAUUCGAUAUUCAAAAUCAAUACUGUUCAGGUUAUUAAUGAGGAGUGAAAUAAAUGAAAAAUUUCAUAACUAUCAUAAGGAAAACAUAUACAAUUUUCUUAUGCUUUAUGUCGCAAUCAGGCACAUGAUGGUAACAAUUCUAUAAACUGAUUUUCUGUUCCAUAUUUACAUCAUUUAAGAUAUAAUACAUGUAUUUUAAUAUUUUUGUCCUUAAAGUGUUCCGCUGUUAACUCAUUGGACGUUUGAAAAUGAACAUACUAGAUGAUCCAGACAUCAUUCCUGCUAUUUUAAAUAACGAACAAAAAAUAUCUAAGCCGUCAAUUCUUAUACACAAACUGUUUUGUAGAAAACGUUAAAAAAAGAAAUUCAAUAAGAUUUGAGGAGUCACUUUGUUUCUGCUACUUGUAUAAUAGUUAUUUUUUGUCAGCAACGACCUUUGUCUGCAUUGUAUUAUUUGUCAAGAUAUGUGUGCGAUGUUUCCUACAAUGUUUCCAUAAUCGGUUUUAAUAUUUUCCGACGAAGAAAACAGGCGAUUUUUUUAAAAUUACACUGUUAAACAUUUGUCUGUCUGAAUAUCAUGAUAUUAAGUAUUGAUUUUCUGAUAUUAUUUUGUUGACUUUGAUGUUAAUUGUAUCUGACAAAGACACAUUUUAUUGUUGUUUAUGUAAAUGCAAUAUCUCAUUUAUUGUUGUAAUAAAUACUUUGAUGUUUA